AUGACUCCCGACACCACCGUCGCCCUUCCCCUAAGGGCCUUUGGGCCCCCGCUGGUGGCGACGGAGGAUUUGUAUAACUGGAAGACUAAUCAUCCUCCCUUUUCAGAGGACCCCCAGCACUUAACCGGGCUGGUGGAGUCUUUAAUGUUCUCUCAUCAGCCCACAUGGGAUGAUUGCCAGCAGCUACUACAGACUCUUUUCACUACUGAGGAGAGGGAGAGGAUUCUAUUGGAGGCAAGGAAGAAUGUACCAGGAACAGAUGGCCGUCCCACCCAGCUCCCCAACAUCAUUGAGACUGCCUUCCCCCUUUCCAGGCCUGACUGGGAUUUCAACACGGCAGAAGGUAGGGAGCGACUGACAGUCUAUCGCCAGUCUCUAGUGGCUGGCCUCCACAGGGCAGCGAGACGCCCCACUAAUUUGGCUAAGGUAAGAGAGGUUAUCCAGGGGGCCACGGAAUCCCCGUCAGUAUUUCUUGAGCGCUUAAUGGAAGCUUUCGGGCGCUACACCCCGUUUGACCCUACCUUGGAGGGGCAAAGGGCUUCCGUGGCCAUGGCUUUUAUAGGGCAGUCAGCAUUAGAUAUUAAGAGAAAAUUGCAGAGAAUAGAAGGGUUACAGGAUUAUACCCUACAGGAUUUAGUCAAGGAGGCAGAGAAAGUGUAUCAUAAGAGGGAAACUGAGGAGGAAAAAGAGCAAAGAAAAGAAAAGGAAAGAGAGGAAAGAGAAAACAAAAGGGAUCGUAAGCAGGAGAAGAAUCUGACACGGAUUUUGGCCGCAGUAGUAGGUGAGAGAGGCCAGGAACAAACCCAGAGCAGGGCUAAAAGGUCAGGUAACCUGGGCAACCGCACCCCAUUAGACAAAGAUCAGUGUGCAUACUGCAAGGAAAAAGGUCACUGGGCUAGAGAGUGCCCUAAGAAGAAAAAGAACGGCUCCUCCAAGAAAGUGUUAGCCCUGGAGGAAGAAGAGGAUUAGCGGGGACGGGGCUCGGAACCCCUCCCCAAGCCUAGGGUAACACUAGAGGUGGAGGGGAAGCCAGUUGAGUUCCUAGUAGACACUGGGGCUCAACACUCGGUCCUACUCGAACCAGCUGGACCUGUCUCCCACAAGAAAUCGUGGGUCAUAGGAGCCACAGGGCACCAGCAGUACUCAUGGACUACCCGAAGAGCGGUAGACUUAGGAACGGGACGGGUAACCCACUCGUUUCUGGUCAUCCCCGAGUGCCCUGCGCCUCUACCUGGGAGAGAUCUCCUAACCAGAAUGGGAGCCCAGAUUACCUUCACCCCUGAUGGCCCGGAGGUGACCCAAAGCAAGAGAAUGGCUACUGCCCUGACCAUACACCUAGAUGAUGAACAUAGACUUUUUGAGGAACAGGGAGCAGAGAUAAGUCACAUAAAUGACUGGUUGAACAGGUAUCCGGGGGCGUGGACCGAGGCGGCUGGAACAGGACUAGCUGCAGAAAGGCCGCCCAUAGCCAUAGAGCUUAAGGCCACUUCUACUCCUGUGGCUGUACGCCAAUAUCCCAUGACUAAGGAGGCCCGGGAAGGAAUUAGGCCCCAUAUCCAGCGCCUCCUUCAACAGGGCAUCCUAGUGAAGUGUCACUCGCCAUGGAACACUCCCCUGUUACCUGUUAAGAAGCCCGGCACAGGAGAUUAUCGCCCGGUACAGGACUUAAGGGGAGUGAACAAGCGAGUACAGGAUAUCCACCCCACUGUGCCUAACCCUUACAACUUGUUGAGCUCUCUCCCCCCGGAUCAUAUUUGGUAUACUGUCUUGGAUUUAAAGGACGCUUUCUUCUGCCUGCAACUGCACCCUUCCAGCCAGAACAUCUUUGCAUUCAAGUGGAGGGACCCUGACUCUGGGACUACAGGACAACUGACUUGGACCCGAUUACCCCAGGGGUUCAAGAAUUCCCCGACCCUCUUCGAUGAAGCUCUUCACCAAGAUUUAGCCCACUUCCGCGCCAGCCAUCCCCAGGUAACACUUCUGCAGUAUGUAGAUGACUUACUACUAGCCACAGAGGAAGAGUGCCAACGGGGCACGGGACUACUGCCAGAAGAACUCGCCCGCUUAGGAUAUCGGGCCUCCGCCAAGAAGGCCCAGAUCUGCCAAAAAGAGGUAACGUACCUGGGGUACGCCCUCAAAGGGUGGCAGAGAUGGCUAACGGAGGCCAGGAAACAAACUGUGACUCAGAUACCCGUUCCUCACUCACCCCGCAGGGAAUUUUUAGGGACUGCGGGGUUUUGGCGCUUAUGGAUCCCUGGGUUUGCUACCCUGGCCGCUCCCCUCUAUCCUCUGACUAGAGAGGGUGCCCCGUUUGAGUGGGGUAACAGCCAACAGCAGACCUUUGAUGACAUCAAGAAGGCAUUACUGUCAGCCCCGGCCCUGGCAUUACCGGACGUAGCAAAGCCCUUCGUCCUAUAUGUGGACGAGAGAGGGGGAGUAGCCCAAGGGGUGCUGACCCAGCCUCUAGGGCCAUGGAAGAGGCCGGUAGCCUACCUCUCCAAGAAGCUGGAUCCUGUUGCUAGUGGUUGGCCUGCCUGCCUGAGGUCCAUGGCGGCAGUGGCAGUGUUGGUGAAAGAUGCUGACAAAUUAACUAUGGGACAAAAGCUAACGGUCAUUGCCCCCCACUCCUUGGAGAGCAUCAUCAGGCAGCCCCCUGAUCAGUGGCUGUCCAACGCCUGCAUGACACACUACCAGAGUCUCCUACUGAAUGGAGACAGGAUUCAGUUUGGGCCGCCUGCCAUCCUCAACCCGGCUACCCUACUACCCGACACGUCCACCCAGGAGAGUGUGCUGCACACCUGUCAAGAGAUACUAGCAGAGGAAACGGGGACCCGAAGGGACCUCCGAGACCAGCCCUUGCCAGACGCUCAGCUGACCUGGCUCACUGAUGGAAGCAGCUACAUAAUAGAAGGUAAAAGGGUGGCCGGGGCAGCUGUGGUGGACGAUGAGCAAAUUAUCUGGGCAAGUAGCCUACCCGAGGGGACGUCAGCUCAGAAGGCCGAGUUACUAGCUCUGACUCAGGCCCUACGAUUGGCAGAAGGAAAGAAGAUUAACAUCUACACUGAUAGCAGGUAUGCCUUUGCUACUGCCCAUGUCCACGGGGCUAUCUACCGGCAGCGGGGGCUACUAAGCUCGGCAGGGAAGGAAAUCAAAAAUAAAGAAGAAAUUCUAAGCCUAUUUGAGGCUGUUCACCUUCCUAAGAAAGUGGCAAUUAUUCACUGUCCCGGACAUCAGAAAGGAGGGUCCAGGGUUGCCGGAGGGAAUCAAAGGGCUGACAGAGAAGCCAAGCGGGCGGCUCAGGGACUCAACAUCCUAUCCUUGUCUGGGGAAAAACCGAGGUCUCACCCUGAGGAUACGGUAUACCCCUCUAUCAGGAACUUUGAUUAUUCAGAACCAGACCUUGAUAGAAUGGACAGAUUAGGAUUUCGCCUGGAGACUCCAGAGGGGAUCCGGGAAACCUCAGAAGGAAAAAGAAUCCUCCCUGAAAAACAGGCUAUCAUUUUUCCCAGACACCUUCAUAAGUUAACUCAUCUGGGCCCAACACAUUUAAAAACUAUUGUCCAGUCAUCACCGUAUUAUAUCAUGAAACUAGGGGAGCUCGCGGAUACAACUGUAAAAGAAUGCAAGCCUUGCCAGAUGGUGAAUGCCCAGCCCAGCAAGCUAUCUCAGGGCAAACGGCUCCGAGGAGACCACCCUGGGAGUUACUGGGAGGUAGACUUUACUGAGGUAAAGCCAGCCAGGUAUGGAUACAGAUACUUAUUGGUAUUCAUAGAUACAUUUUCAAGAUGGGUCGAAGCCUUCCCUACCAAGAAAGAGACUGCUCAGGUGGUGGCCAAGACAAUACUAGAAGACAUCUUCCCGAGAUUCGGGGUGCCCAAGAUUAAAAGCCCUUGAGACUGUGCAGAGGGAAGUGUGGAAUUGGUUGGCCGAGGCCUACAAGCCUGGAGACCUGCAAGUACCUCAUCAGUUCCAGGUCGGAGACUCGGUGUACAUUCGGCGCCACCGUGCG